AAACAAAAUAUAGAGCAGAAGAAAAACUCUUUAGGAUAGCAGAGCAGCUGAGCAGGGUAAAAGUCUAAGUGCUCUUGAUUUUUCAUGAGUCAAAAGUGACUCACUCAUUUUUUUUAAGUGAAUAAAAAGUACGACAGUUACUCAACAAAAAUGAUGGAAAGCACAAAUGAUUUAGAUGUAAUCGAGUUAACGCCAACCUCACCAACUGCCGGCAUCGCUGAAGAUUGCCCAUCUCCUGCACAACCAGAAGUUUUAGAUGCCGUCGAUGGCACGCUAAAUCAUUCUUAUCAGCCUGUGGUUUGGCAUUGGUUUUUUCUGAAAGAAAUCGACAAAACUAAACGCAUAUGGAAACCCUUCAGCAUGCUCGAUUCAGUGGCUCUAGAUGAGACCUUCCAAUUGCUCAACGAAGGAAAAAUUGCAGCCGAAGACGCCAUCAUCCAAACCGAUGGUGGUCGAUAUGAUGUUGACGUCGGUCGACGCCUUCGAACAGCAAUUUAUUGGGAAGAGACACCGUUAAGCGUCCGCCGCUGUUCUUGGUUCUUUAAAGGCUCCUUGGAAACGCGCUACACGCCAUACGAUGAGGAUAUGGCAGAAAAGUUGGAAGAAGAAUAUUAUAAUAGUUUAACGAAUAGUUUGUGGCGUCGUGUUCUGGAAUUCCCGUUAGGAAAUAAAAUUAUGUUUCAAAAUCCGAAUGUUUUACUCGAUUUUUCAAAUUAUGGGCCGGUCGACGACUGGACACAAGUUACAGAGGGACAAAUCCGGCCGCUGAUUGUCAAACGGGGGAUUGAAGGCUAUGACAUAAGCGACGGGGAGAAGCCGGUCAUUGACCACCUAAUAUUUCUAGUGCACGGCAUAGGAUCGGUCUGUGAUUUACGCUUUCGCAAUGUUGUCGAGGUGGUAGACGAUUUCCGCAUUCUCUCCUUUCAAAUGCUCGACACCCACUUCCCAACGGCCGUUGCCGAGCAGCGGAUCGGGCGAGUGGAAUUCCUGCCCGUUUCUUGGCAUGCCCCUCUUCACGGAGACGAUACCGGAAUCGAUAAGCGUCUUCGCCCGAUUACCCUUCCUUCUAUUCCCAAACUUCGUCAUUUCGCUAACGAUACCAUCUUAGAUGUUCUUUUCUAUACAUCACCCGUUUACUGCGAAACUAUCAUUUCAACUGUGGCUCAUGAGCUUAACCGCCUUUACAAGAUAUUCUUGCAACGUAAUCCGACAUUCGAAGGCCAAGUUUCCCUUGGCGGGCACAGUUUGGGUUCGUUGAUCCUUUUCGACUUGUUAGCCCACCAACCUCUCGCAUCCAAUCAAGAACCUGUGGACGACAUACUCGAUGAGGAAGCGGUCAGCUACGUAUCUGAUUUGAAUGACCCGACAGUUGAAGAAGUCUGCCAAGUUCUUCAGCUUGGAGAACAUUUAGUGAAAUUUCAACGUGAACAGUUCACUUUCAGCGAUUUGCUUCUACUCUCAGAAGAGGAUUUGGCCAGCCUUGGCUUACCGAUGGGACCACGCAAGCGUCUACUGACCUAUUUACGUGACUUGGAAAUACGACGUGCUAAAUUGAAGCAGGAGGACGGAAAUAUCCCUGCGCACGAUUCGACAGUAAGUUAUACAAUCGGUCUGGCGGGUACUGGACAACCUAGCAUAUCCUAUCCACUACUUGACUUUCAUCCAGCUGCUUUCUAUGCCCUCGGUUCUCCUACUGCUAUGUUCGUCACGGUACGCGGUAUCGACCGCCUAGGCGAGGAUUUUGUUCUGCCCACUUGUCCGAAAUUUUACAACAUCUUCCAUCCUUACGAUCCGGUCGCCUAUCGCUUCGAAACGCUCAUCGACGUGAAUAUGGUAAAUGUACCACCUGUCCUCAUCCCGCACCACAAAGGCCGGAAGCGUAUGCACAUCGAAUUGCGUGAAACUAUGGCAAGGUUCAGUGCGGACAUUAAAGAAAAAUUCUUUGAAUCAUUUCGUUCUACGUGGAGCACGGUACAGAAUUUAACAACGUUUAGGUCUUCAAUGCCAUCAGGUUACGAAGAGGAAUCUCAUUGCACGCAGGAAGACUUGGACACUUCGAAUUCUGAUGAAAGCGCAGCCGCGGAAAAGCCUCCCGCGGUAGAACCAGUCAUCCGUAUUGGCAAGCUCAACGGUGGCUGUCGGAUCGAUUACGUUCUGCAAGAAGCUCCCCUGGAGAGCUUUAACGAAUACCUUUUCGCUUUAACUUCGCACGUUGUCUAUUGGGAAUCUGAAGAUACUAUGCUAAUGAUGUUGAGGGAGACUUAUGCUGGCAUGGACAUCUAUCCUGAUAAAUAGCUACGUUCUAGUUUUGAACAUUUUGCUCUUGUAUUCUUUAAUGACUGUUUCAUCAAAAGUUAUUCGCUUUUCGUUUGUUUUUUUUUUGCCUACAUUUAAUACUUGUCGUGCAUGACUGAUCGUGCGUAUACAAUUAUUCGGGGAUUGAA